UAGCCGUAAUAUGUCACUGUGAUGGAAUGUCAAUUAAUUACAACUGAUUAAUAUCUCUUCUUAUUUUAGUGACACUCAUGACGUAAAUUUCUAAUAUGGUGAUUUUAGUUGUGUCCUGUUUGGUCCCACAAAAAUAGUUUCACUUUGAAUCUCUCGUGCAAUUUUAUUACAUCUUAUAAUAGCUGCGAGGAGAAAGAUGUUUUCAAACUUCAGACACUGCUUGGACUUUCGAUCCUUAGGCCGUAGUUAAUGCAAGAAGUGUGGUAAAUUGAAGGCAUUUGAUCAAAUCAAAGCAAACUAAGCCUUGUUUUGCAUUCAAAUGGUCAGUUAUGUGAAUGUUUUUCUGCCAUUCUGCUUUAUCAAGGGUUAUAUGACCAGUUAAAUUUAAUAUAUAGAUAUAUUCUGUUGACCACAUCAUCCAAGUCAAUUUAAUUCUUUGAUCGACCAUUUGAUCUAAGCCGUGCAUGACUGAAUCGUUCCUUGUUUUGCUACUGUGGAUUUUCUAAUACUUGGUUGUUUCGUUACUUGAUUAAUUUGAGUUCUGAAAACAUACUUUCUUUAUAAUUGAUCAACCUGUUCGUGUAUUUGCUCUGUGAUGCUCAGAAACAUAUAAAGUGAUCAGAAAUCUGUAAUGAGCUGUUUCCCAGUCGUUCAGUGGAUCUGAAGACUUGAAUUUGCAGGAGAAUCAGAAGGCUCGUUCAAUAUGAAUUGGAACCCUCCAGUGGAUGUUAGUUAUGUAAACAAUAGCUUUCCUUAUAAUUCAGCCGGAAGCUUUAUCAAUUUCUUCGAAGGCCUUGCAUAUGAGCAUGUGAAUUUCAUUUUUUCUGAUGCAUUGCAUGUUCAGGAGAGCAUGUACCCUUGCACACAUACAAGUACGUACAAGUUUGGGUUAUCAGAACCUGGGAGUCUUUCAUAUUAUGACUAUGGUGAUGCUCAUAUGCUCAAUGAUCAUGCACCAGCAAUUGAUGAAUACAAUAGGCAUAUGGAGACCUCUACCCCAAUGACUAGUGAACAGACUGUUGAUAUACGUAGGCAAUGGGAGGGAAAUUCAAGCGCAAAUAUGACUGCUAACCAUGUAGAAUGUCCUCGAGGUUAUCAUAAUGCUCGGGAUAAUCAGGUGCAGCAGGUCGUUUGGCAAGACAAUGUUGAUCCUGACAACAUGACUUACGAGGAGUUACUUGAGUUGGGUGAGGUAGUUGGAACUCAAAGCCGAGGUCUUUCCCAAGACCUUAUCUCCAUGCUUCCAGUCAAGAAGUUCAAGUGUGGCUUCUUCUCUAGGAAGAAAUCAAGAAAUGAGAGGUGUGUAAUUUGCCAGAUGGAAUACAAAAGAGGUGAGCGGCAGAUUGUUCUUCCAUGCAAACAUCUCUACCAUGUUGGUUGUGGCACCAGAUGGCUUACUAUCAACAAGGCUUGCCCCAUUUGUUACACUGACGUGUUUGGAGCGGCAUCGAAACAGUAAGAAUUCAUCGCCCUCCAGCAUAAAGAGAGGUCUCUCCAUUUGCUUUUGUGAUUCUGAGUUUAGAUUUCAUUUUCACACACAGAAUAUGUUUCGUUUCGUCCACGGUUUCUUUAACAGGUUUAGUUUUCAUAUCAUUAGCUUCUGUAAUGAACGAAGGUCACGAACACAAUAAUGAAUGUAGAGGUUGGAGUUUCUAUUA